AGUAUUUCUAUCUCACUCAUUUACUUUGCAAAUGUUUAUUAUUAUUGGCAAAGUACGCCGGCGCUUCGCGUCUCUCCAGUUGCCGGCAAAAAAAAAAACAGGCGAGGGGGGUGAAUGGUGGCCGGUGGGGAGAUGACGCUUUGUGUGUAAAAUUGCGUUUAUUGGUUACAGCGAGAUGAGGAAGAAACAACAAUAAUAUUUCGGUUAAGCUCGGAUUUAAUCGUACACCCCACUGCUGCUGCUGCCUCCUGACAGCUUGGUCGAUUUACAAGUUUGCCUGGAUACACCCGCGUUUUUCCCGGGCCUUUGCGCCGUGAUUUCGCGUUACACAGUUGGCUAUUUUUUAUUUUUUUUUAUUUUUUUUUUAAUAUUGAAAAUUAAUUAUCAUAUAAAAAAUUAAUUACAUAUCACUCAAACACAAUUGAAGAAUAUUCUUCCAUCAUAAAACGACGCGUGUUCUGGCAUCAUUGAUCAUGCAAUUUUAUUUUUAUAUUUAUUUUUCUACCGCUUUUGAACACUUGAAAAAAGUGAAAUUAAAAAAAAAAUGAAUUGAAAAAUUAGAAAAAAAAAAAAAAAAAAAAAACGGAAAUCCCCGUAGUAAUGUAUUUGUUUAUAUUUUUUUUAUUUGCCGACCCGCAUUGCUCCGAUGGUUAACAACAACAACAUCAUCAUCUUCAUCAUCUUUGGCAACAACAUCAACAUCAACAAUACAACUUGGCCAACAAUGAAUUAUUUAAUCAACAAAAAAACAAAAUACAUGAUUGUAAUAAUUAAAUAAUCAUCAGUUGGAAUAUUCAGCAGUGUCAAGGACAAACAUUAAAUUCUUAUAUUGGAAAUAGUGUCCAAAUAACAUCAGAUAAUUUAUUGAAUCAAGCGACUGGAAGCCAUCAAAGUUAUACUAAAAUGUCUGACCACAAUGAUAUACAACACCAUUCAGGUAUGAGGGAUGAUUCACGCACCAAUCUAAUCAUCAAUUAUUUGCCACAAAGUAUGACUGAAAAAGAGUUGUACAGUAUGUUUGUGACAAUUGGUCCAGUUGAAUCAUGUAGAGUUAUGAAGGAUUACAAGACUGGAUACAGUUAUGGAUUUGGUUUUGUUAAUUAUGCUAAAGCUGAUGAUGCAACAACAGCAAUCAACACUCUCAAUGGUCUUCAAGUACAGAAUAAACGUUUAAAGGUGUCAUUUGCAAGACCAUCUGGUGAAGAGAUCAAAGAAACUAAUCUCUAUGUUACAAAUUUACCCAGAAAUGUCACAGAAGGUCAGAUUGAAGAUAUAUUCAAUAAAUUUGGUCAAAUUGUACAAAAAAAUAUUCUUAAAGACAAAUUGACUGGUUUACCACGAGGUGUUGCAUUUGUGAGAUAUGAUAAACGUGAAGAAGCUCAGGAAGCUAUAAAUCAUCUUCAUGGCACGAUACCCGAGGGAGGUUCUGAGCCACUUUGUGUUAAAAUUGCUGAAGAACAUGGCAAACAAAAAGCAGCAUAUUAUGCUGGAUGGCAAGCUGGCUUCAAUCAGAGUCGCGGUCCUGGUGGUCGUGGACGUGGUACAGGAACAACAACAUCAAGUGCUGCAGUAAGCAGUGGAACUGGUGCAACUCGUACAACUGGAUUUGGACGUGGAGGUGGUGGUGGUGGAGGUGGUGGUCAUCAUGCUGGUAGUUAUAUUGGCAAUGGUGCUAGUAGUGGUGGUCCAGGAGCUAUGAGAAUGGAAAAAAUACAUCCACAUCGUUUUAAUCCAAUUGGCAUGGGUGGUGGUUAUGUGCAAUCACAUUUCUGGUGACCACUUGUAAACGUAUUCUGUUUAAUCAUCAAAAAACUACAAUACAAAAUUCAUGGACAUUCACAUCUUGGUCUCUCACGUCUUUUUGGCAUAUCUAAAAAGUCGCUUACAAACUAAAACUAAAAAAGAAAAAAAAGAAAGAAAACCAAACCAUUAACAAUCGAACAAAAAAAAGUUUAAAAAAGAAAAAAAAAAAAGAAAGAAAAAUUCCAAUUUACAAUAGUUUUCAUUUUGCUUGUAAAGCAGUAUGUAUUUUUUUUUUUUUAGUUUUUUUUUUUAAAUUUUUUUUUAUUUUUUAAUUAAAUUCUCAUAUUUUAUUGCUAUUUUUUUUAUAACUUAAAUUGAAACGUGCUCAGAUGCUUCAAUAAGUCCAAUCAAAAAAAGCAAAAAAAAAAACUGUCAAUAAGCUUAUUAAAAUUUCGUUUUAAAAAUAUAAUUACAGUUUACUUUUUUUUUUUUUGUCAAUUUUAAUGAUUUUUUUUUAAUAUUUAAUUAUUGUUCAUUGUAAUUAAAUUUAAAACAAAAAACGAAAUUUUAUCAGAGCUUUUUUAUGAUCGCAUGAAGUGUCCGUUGGUUGAUUCUCAUUUAGUUCUUCUCUCUUUCCAGUGUUUUAGAAUUAACGACAAAAAAAAAACAUAAUAAUCUUUUAAAUAAAUGAAAUAUGAUUGACAAUUUUUGAAGAAUAAUUAUGAGGAUUAACUGCGACCGAGGGCAAUCAUGUGAAUAAAAAAACGUACUACAAAUAUUUAGACAAAUACGUCUAAAUACAUUUACAGUAAAAUGAAUAGAUUAAUUAAAUUAAUUCGGACUAUUUCUCCAAUUUUUACGUAAACAAAAAAAAAAUAUUAUAUACUUAUACUUAUUGUAUUUUUCCUUUUUUUUUUUUUUUUUUUUUGUUUACAAUUUUAUUUGUUCGUCGUAAAAGACGCUAAACUUUUAUUUGCUGUACGACUUCAUUAUAUGUACGUGUAAAUUAAUAAUGGCCAACCAAUUCACAAAUCCAUGUCGAUUUUGCCAAGACAUAAAAAAUAAUAUAAAAUACACCAACGUAUUAGUCAUUUUAUUUUAAUUUUUUUUAUCAUUUCAGA